AUGGCAAAGGGGAUUCACCUCGAAGCAGACAGCACCACCCAAGAAUUCAAGCUUUAUCACGGGAGAGGAGGACUCUACAUCGGCAAGGCGGUCCUCAAGAACAACGUCUUCGUUCUUGACUUCGUUCCUGACCUUGGCACCGCCGACAGCGACGCCAUCGUUAACUUCACCGACUGGACACACCCUCCAGACCUUGAUCCAGACUUCAGUCCAGAAGGCUUCUGGUAUUCACACACCAUCCCUGAAGCAGAAAGAACAAGGGCGUUAGCAACAAUUCAGACAACAGCAGCAGCAGAGACAACAUCGGCAGCAGCAGAGACAACGUCGGCAGCAGCAGAGACAACAUCGGCAGCAGCAGAGACAACAUCGGCAGUAGCAGAACCAUCAACGGCAGCAGCAAGAACGUCAACACCAAUUGCUGGUCCUUCAACGACACCGCUCCUCAUCGACGACACACCACCGACACCCGCGCAACAACUACACCCAGCACCACGAGAAGUUCAUCGUAGCGCCAACUUCACCGCCAACUUCUACUCCAACUCAGAUAUGUACCGACGAUCACCCGGACAUCGCGCCGACGAAAGCACCUGGCACGCAAGGAUGGGACACCCAAGCAACACAGUAUUAAACAAUACGAUAAGAGCAGGAGUACUCGACAAGGACUCACUUCUACUGACCGACGGACGAGAACUUCAACGAGUACGCGGAACGUGCCUCACCUGCCCUGAGGGUGACUUACCACAUCGACCGUUUGCGUCUCAUCACAACCCGAGCGCACCCGCGUACGCACCACUCGAGAAGGUGUAUAGCGACAUCCUGUACAAUCGGGAACCAGGACAAGUAAUAUACAACUAUACAAUCACCUUCAUCGACGCCGCCACCCGUUACGUCUGGCACCUAAACCUCCCUAGCCGCGACAUGGCAUUCGCAGCCUUCGUUGCCUGGCUACCAGUAGCAGAGAGAGAAUCAGGCGUGAAGCUGAAAAGCUUCCAGUCAGACGGAGGAGAAUACACCUCUCAGCGAUUCAAGCAGUACCUGGCGGAAAGGGGAAUCAAGCGACUCAUCUCCCUUCCCUACGCCCAUCAGCAGCAGGGUGUAGCAGAAAGAAUGAACAGGACCUUGCAGAACAGCAUGCGCAAACUGUUACGUGGCAUGCGGCUACCCAACCACCAGUGGCCUGCAGCAAUGGACCACGCCGUCAUGCUGCACAACUUGCUGUCGUCAUCAUCGCUUCCGAACAACGCAUCACCGCAUCUGCUAUGGACAGGGAAACAGGGCAGCACAAAAAUGUUACGAGUAUUCGGAUGCAUGGUACAGUACCGACCCCCAGCAGCACGAGCGGGCCGAUUUUCUCAACGAGCACAGUGGGGACUACACCUGGGAAACGAAAAGAACUACAACGCGUGGAAAAUCUUCGACGUCCACUCCAAGGAAACAGUAGCAGCACGUGAUGUAAUUUUCUACGAACAACUCACGCUCCAGACAUACCUUGCCAACCUGCACGAAGACCAGGAUCCCACAGGUGGUUUUCGUGGUGACCGAGCCUUCGCCUCAGCAGCGGACGAAGCCGACUGGGACGAGCAGAAUGUGGACAACGCAUCAGAAGAAGCCGGACCUCUUCCGUUCUGCUCCGUCGACGUUCCCAUGGACGAAGACAACCCUCGCGAAAGUGCGAACGCCGAAACCUUCUACCAUUUCGCCGACAACGGUUACGUAACACCUGCGACAGUCAACACCAACGAAGCCGAACGAGUAGGACCGAACUUCAUACCUGAUCCAGAAGCGGGAGAUGAAGCAGCUUAUCCCGAGGACGUAAAUCUUCCCCGCUACUCACAGAGUGGACUACAGAUUCUCGGACUCGUCACCGCAGUCCACGGCACCGCCACUCCUAAAGAGCCUGCGACGGUUCAGCAGGCUCUGGGGGGGGAACAUAGGGAAAAAUGGCGCGAAGCCAUGGACAAGGAACUGAAGGCACUGGAGGAACGCAACACGUGGAAAGUGGUUCCUAUCGGCGUGGCACGGAACAAGACAGUGCUCACCGGGAAGUGGGUCUUCCGUGUGAAGACAAAGGCUGACGGCACCAUCGACAAAUUUAAGGCACGCUGGGUCGUACGCGGCUUCGACCAAGAGCACGGACGCGAUUUCACCGAAACAUUCGCUCCGGUCAGCCGACACACCUCGCUACGCAUCCUUCUCGCGAUCGCCGCCAUGAAGAAGAAGAAGAUGCGGCAAAUCGACGUCGCUAACGCAUUUCUCUACGCACCCGUUGACGCAGAGAUCUUCGUCGAGCUACCACACGGCUCCAGCACGGACUCGAACCACGUCUGUCAACUACUCAAGUCGCUCUACGGCAUCAAGCAAGCUCCGCGACUAUGGCAACAAUACCUACACGCUCGCCUCAUUCGCAUCGGCUUCAAGCAAUUGCCGCACGACCAGGGCAUGUACCGGCUCACGAAGGGUAUCGACUACAUCCUGCUAAUCGUCUAUGUAGACGAUCUGCUCUACAUCGGCUCAACUGACGGCAUUACAACCUGGUUCGAAGGGGAGCUACAGCAAGACCUCACACUCACGGUCUCAUCUACCGUCACACAGUACCUCGGCCUCAACAUCCGGGAAGAGGAAGACGCUAUCUACCUCAGCGCCGCGAAAUACGCCGACACCAUCGCCAAGCGUUUCGCACUCACACCGACUGUCAUCUCCACACCGUACCGCUACACGACAGCAAACAACAAGGAAGGCUCCGUUCUACUCAAGCCCGCCGGCAUACGCGACUACCAGAGAAAGCUGGGCUGCCUUCUCUUCGCAGCUGUCACCUGCCGCCCAGAUCUAUCCUACUCUGCAAGCCAGCUCGCCACCCACCUCAAGAAGCCUGAAGCGGAACAUCUGGCGGAGCUCGACCGCGCUCUUCACUACCUUGUCACCACCAAGGAAGGACUCUAUCUUUGCGAGCUGCUGGAAGAAGCGAAGUUAGCCGAGUUACCCAACUUUACCCUGUUCUGCGACAACCAAUCGGCAAUUCGCAUCGCCAACAAGAACGGCUUCGCGAACAGGACGAAACACAUCGCCCUGCGAUAUUUCUUCGUGAAGGACGAGAUCGAGAAGGGAAGGCUCGAGCUGUCAUACUGCCCCACGUCCGAGAUGGCAGCUGACUACCUGACCAAGAAGCUCGGAAAGCAGAAGUUCGAAUACUGCAUGCUGCUGACUGGACAGAGCCACGUCAGCGACACUCCAGAAGCGAAGGGGAGUGUUGGAAACAAUCGGUCCUAA